CUACAGCGCAGGCGGCCCCUGAACGCCUCAUAGUUCCUGCGUUGCACUUGAACGCAGCUCGGUUAUCCAACAGAUGAAAGGUGAGUCUGGGAAGAAUCUGCUGGAAGCAGCAUUACAGAUGACGAGUCUGCAGCUGAGCGCCAAGGAGGAGAUGGUGGAGAAGUUUCUAGACGCCGCAGCGAGAGGAGACGUGUCCCUGGUGUCCUCCCUUCUGUCGCAUGUCCCUUCCCUCCUCAACCAGACGGGAAACAGCGGCUGGACGGCGCUGAUGCUGGCGGCUCGUAACGGCCAUCACCACGUGGUGGAGAAGCUGCUUUCGCUCGGUUGUGAUCAGUUCUCCGUUAACGGCUCGUCCCAGACUGCCUAUGACAUCGCCAAGUUCUGGGGCCACCGACACAUCGCCGGCCUGCUGAGCCGCUCCGGAGACGCCUGCGGACGAAUCCUGCAGGGCGUCGAUCUCAGCCCGCAGGAAAACUAUUUUGGCAGAGAGACGCUGGACCGGCUGAGCGCAAAGAGGACCGACAAAGUUUGGUUAGAGGCCAAACUGAGCGCCGCAGACACCAUCUUCCUCCUGUUCUCCAACCUCAGCCCCAUGGUCUACACGUCCCAGGAGGACAGCAGGGAACGGCCGGGGGACUUCCAGCUGUGCCGGUUCGGGUACCAGGAUGUGAAGGACCUGCUGCAGGAACCUUCAACCGUGACGAUCUUCCUGGGAAUGGAGAAGCUAAGGAGCCCUUCCUCCUCCUCCUCUCAGAGCAUCGCUGAGCCUCCCGUUUGGUUUGCCAUCAACACGGAUAGAGACGCUGCUGAACUCCUGAAACGCUGCAGAGAGAAGAACUGUUCCUUCCCCAGAUCCCCGAACAGAGACCUGCUGAAGCUCAGCGAGGACGAGGCGGGCAUCGUAGCCCAGGCCCGGUCGGUGCUGGCCUGGCACAGCCGCUACAGCUUCUGCCCGACGUGCGGCAGCAGCACCCGUCUGGAGGAGGGCGGAUACAAGAGGAGCUGUUCCAACUCUGAAUGCAGGAGCCUGCAGGGCGUCCACAACACCUGCUAUCCCAGAGUCGGUAUGAAGCCACACUCAUUCUAA